AUGGAAGUGGGAGCUGCCGUCGCUGCGGGUUGGACUGAGGAGGAGCAACCUAUCAGGUAUCUUGUGCAUCCAUCUCCCGAUGGCUACCCCGAGAGCAUGAGCGUAGUGCCAGCUGCCCCACAAGAUCUCCCACCAGCCCCGCCGAGAGCGCAGGCCAAUGUGGCUGGAUCGGAGACUGUCCUUCAGGAGCGAUCUCCUUGGGAGCAGAUCUUGGAAGCCCAGGGGUUUUCAAAUGGAGACCUCGCAGGCAAUACCGUCCCACCGCUGCUCCACACUCAGCAGAUGGCUGUGGAGAUGCCGCCCAUGAGGAUGCCGAUUAUGGCUGCAAUCGGGCCAGUUCCCAGUGGCCGGGUCGAGCUGCUGUCAGCCAACCUGGGUCCGGCCUCUGCGGCUACGAGCAUGCGCGGGCCAAGCGAUGCGUUUCAGUCAUGGUUGGUGGAUUUGGAGAGGUUCCACGAAGAGAGGCUCCUCCAGGAAGCCCAGCGGCGCUUCUGCAGCUGUGGGCCCCACGCGUCUCUCAAUGAUUUUAAGAAGUGGCUCUGUGCAGCCUCACACUUUGCCGAUGAGGCAAUCGUCCGCGAGAUGCGGAAAGCCCAACUCUGCACCUGGCUGUUGUGCGUGCGGCGCCUCUCUGGACACCGUUUCGGUGUUCCGGACGCCCUGGUAGCACUGAGCCUUCCUCCUGAAGUGAAGCUCCGCAUCGAGAGCUUCAUCGGGGGUAGGCACGUCUGGGGCCCCAUCAAUGCAGCAAGAGCGAAGCAGAUCGCUGAAUGUGCGCAGCGUCAGCUGAAGCGGAGUGAGGGCUUGCUGCGUCAAUCGGCAUUGGCAGCGCUGGUAGCCAG